AUGAAUCGAUCGACACCAUCAAGGAGCACUCCAAAUGGUGGCGGUAGUGGCAGUGGUGGUCCAUCGGGCAACAAAAUGCGAAUUCGAGCUUUUCCGACAACAAUGGAUGAAAAAUAUGUACAACAGACAUGGGAUUUAUUAAAACGCGCUAUUCAAGAAAUUCAACGAAAAAAUAAUUCUGGUCUCAGUUUUGAGGAGCUUUACCGUAAUGCCUACACGAUGGUGCUGCAUAAGCAUGGUGACAAACUUUAUUCUGGUUUAAAACAAGUCGUUAUUGAACAUCUGCAAACAACGGUUAGAAACGAAGUGCUAGCAGCAAUUAAUAGCAGUUUUCUGGAAGUGUUGAAUGUAGCAUGGCAAGAUCACAUUAUAGCUAUGGUCAUGAUUAGGGAUAUUCUCAUGUAUAUGGAUCGAGUUUAUGUGCAGCAACAAAAUGUUGAUCCUGUUUACAACUUGGGUCUUAUUCUGUUUCGCGAUGAAAUAAUUAGAUAUGGGACACUAGGCGACACUCUGCGUAACAUAUUGUUGAAAAUGAUUGCUGCUGAGCGGGGAGGGGAAAUCAUUAAUAGAAUUGGAGUGAAAAAUGCAUGCAAUAUGUUGGUAGCAUUGGGCGUCGAUUCACGGCGCGUUUAUGAAGAAGAAUUUGAGGAACCAUUUUUACGUGUCUCAGCAGAAUAUUAUCGUGCAGAAAGUCAAAAUUUUUUGCUCGAAAACUGCGCAUCCGUUUAUGUUAAAAAAGUGGAAGAAUGCUUAAUGGAGGAGUCAAAUCGAGCAAAAAUUUAUUUGGAUAAAGGAACAGAACAGAAAAUACUUGACGUUUUGGACGAAGAGCUAAUUAAUAAGCAUAUGAUGACAAUUGUGGAAAUGGACAAUAGUGGUGUUGUACAUAUGCUGAAUAAUGAUCGAAUUCAUGAUUUACGUCGAUUGUAUAUUCUUCUUAAACGAGUAAAGAAAGGAUUACCAACGAUGACUGAUUGCAUUAGCAGAUAUCUUCGGAGAAAGGGUGAAUUUUUAGUCAAUGAAAGUAGUGACCACGAACCUGGUACGUCGAAAAACCCGAUUCAUUACAUUCAGGCAUUACUGGAUCUCAAGAAUCAGUUUGAUCAUUUCUUGUUGGAUGCUUUCGAUAACGACAAAACCUUCAAACAAAAAAUACAGAGCGACUUUGAAUAUUUCCUCAACCUGAACCCAAAAAGUCCAGAAUAUCUAUCAUUGUACAUGGACGAUAAAUUGAAGAAGGGAAUGAAACUUAUGAAUGAAAGUGAGCAAGAAUCACUUCAAGACAAAUCGAUGGUGUUGUUUCGUUUUCUCCAAGAAAAGGACGUUUUUGAACGUUAUUACAAGUCACAUUUAGCCAAGCGUUUGUUGCUUCAAAAGAGUAUGUCAGAUGAUGCAGAAAAAGCUAUGGUUUCGAAAUUAAAGACGGAAUGUGGCUGUCAGUUUACAUCGAAAUUAGAAGGAAUGUUCAAAGAUAUCGAGUUAUCGAAUAUUCUGAUGGGAGAUUUUCGUGACUACAAGGAAAGAGCAGAAAUUGCACACGACUCAGUGGAUAUAACGGUGCGUGUGUUGACAAGUGGUUAUUGGCCGACACAAGCUGCUCCGGAUUGUGUAUUACCACCAGUGGCAGCUCAGGCUUUUGAGAGUUUUAGGACAUUCUAUCUUAGCAAACACAACGGUCGUAAGAUUUCACUAAAUCCUAUGCUUGGUCACGCUGAUGUUAAAGCUGUUUUCUACGGAACAAAUGCUAAUGCGGAGGAAUUAAGCCAGCAAGAAUCGGAUCUUGCCGGACCAUCAGUUGCCCCUCGUGGCAAAGAGGAAUACAAAAUUUUGACUGUGAGCACAUAUCAAAUGUGUGUUUUGCUCAGGUUUAAUAAUAAAUCUAAAAUAACUUUCGAGGAAUUGGCAGCUGAGACUCAAAUUCCUGACAAGGAAUUAAAGCGAUCAUUGCUUUCUUUGGCAAUGGGCAAACCUACUCAAAGAAUUUUAUGCCGAAAAGGACAUGGAAGGGAAAUCGAAAACAGUGAUGAAUUUUGGGUAAACGAUGCAUUUACCUCCAAGCUUACAAGAAUAAAAAUUCAAAUGGUGUCAGGUCGAGCGGAAGCUGAACCAGAAAGAAAAGAAACACGCUCAAGAAUAGAUGAAGAUAGAAAACAUGAGGUUGAAGCAGCUGUCGUGCGAGUAAUGAAGGCGAGGAAGAAGUUAUUGCAUAAUGUUUUGGUUGCAGAAGUAACUCAACAGCUAAAGCAUCGUUUUAUGCCGAAUCCACAGCUAAUUAAAAAACGAAUCGAAUCGCUAAUUGAGCGUGACUAUCUGGCUCGUGACAAAAACGAUCAUCGUUGCUAUGAAUAUGUCGCAUAA